AUGUGCUACUCUGCCUAUACAUCAAAUUUAUUUAUAUCAAUAUCAAUAUCUAUCUAUCUAUCUAUCUAUCUAUCUAUCUAUCGCACAAUCUGUUCAUAUCUAUCUAUCUAUCUAUCUAUCUAUUUAUCUAUCCCUAUCUAUCUAUCUAUCUAUCUAUCUCAGUCUGUUCAUAUCUAUCUAUCUAUCUAUCUAUCUAUCAUAUCUAUCUAUCUAUCUAUCUCAGUCUGUUCAUAUCUAUCUAUCUAUCUAUCUAUCUAUCUAUCUAUCUAUCUAUCUAUCUAUCUAUUCGCGCCAUUACAUUUUCGUCCUCUGUUGCAGCAGCCACCCUCCUUCACUUCAUCAGUUGGGUCAUGUGUUACCUCUUCGUAUCCUCUUUCCUGCUGCCACUACUCUUUCAUAUUUCCCAGUUCUACCCACCUCUCUCCAUCUAUCUGUCUCUCUAUCUUUCUCUACUCCUUCUUACUUCAAUCCAUCACUUGCCUCAAUUUUCUCCUCCUUCUUCAAUCCACCAUUUGCCUGCUAGCUCCCCCCCACUCUCUCUCUCUCUCUAUCACUCACAUGCGCCGACAGUCUCUCUCUUUCUCUCUCCCUUUCUCUCCCAAAAACUAUCCUCAGACUUCUACCCCGGCAUCUUUAUCCCGUCCAUCUCUCGUCGCCCGCGUCUUUCAUUACAUUUUCUGUUUUCGUAUUUCAUUUGGUUUUCGUUUUGCAAACUUUUUUUUUUCUUUUCAAUAUUUUUUCUUAUUUUUCUUUCGUUAUUUUUUUUUCCUUCUUUUUUCGCUUUCUUUCUUCCGUUUUUCUUUCUUUGAAUUUUGCUUUUUGUGUCACAAUUUUCUUUCUUUCUUUUUUUAUUUAUUUUUAUUUCUUUCAUUUUUAAUAUAUUUUCCUUCUUGCUUACUUUUUUCUUUCUUUCUUCUUUUCUUUCAUUUUCGAUUUUUUUUUACAAGGAUUUUGUUCUUAGUAAAUUUUUUUGGCAUUUUUCUUUGCUUUUUGCCAAUGCUUUUUAAAGGACUUUUUAUGUUAAUAUUACAUUUCUUUCUUUCGUUCUUUCUUUCUUUAUUUCUUUCUUUAUUUAUUUAUUUAUUUAUUUAUUUAAUUCUAUACCCUGUUCUUUCUUUUUCAGUAUUUUAUUUCCUUUUUAUGGGAAUGCCUUUCUUUCCUUCUUUCUUUUUUUUUCUCUCUCUCUCUCUCUUUCUUUCUUUCUUUCUUUCUUUAUUGCUUUUUUUCUUAAUAUUUUUCUCUCCCUUACUUUUAUAUCUUUCUUUCUUAAAUAUUAUACUUCUUCAAUUUCUCCAUUUUUGCCUUCUUAAUAUUGUGUUUCCUUCCCUCCCCCUAUAUUUUCUCUUUAUUCAUUUUAUUUGCAUAUUUAUCUUUACAUUUUCUUUUCAUUCCAUCAUUUUCAAUAUUUUUCUUCCUUCCAUUAAAUUCUUUCUUCUUUCUCUUCCUAUCUAUCAAUCUAUAUUGAAAUUUUUAUCUAUCUAUCUAUCUAUCUAUCUAUCUAUCUAUCUAUCUCAGUGUGUUCAUAUCUAUCUAUCUCUCUACUUCAGUAUGUUCAAUUCUAUCUAUCUAUCUAUCUAUCUAUCUAUCUAUCUAUCUAUCUAG